UACGUUUACUGACAAUGUGAGUGAGUGAUCGAGUGUAAGGAAAGGAAUGGGGACGACAAAAGGCAAGAAAAGAAAGAAUGCCUGUGGUCCUUGCGUUGCGUGGAUUGUGUCUUGGAUUGAUUGGAUUCUUUUUUGUUAUGUUGUGAAUGUGUGUGGGCUAUGCACAUACAUAAGUGACAAUUUUUGGAUUUUUCUUGCGUGUCCGUGGAUGAUAUGCAGGAAUGGCAGGAAUUUAGUGCGGUUGUGAUGAUCAGUGGCGAUUACGAUUGUCGCGCAGUGAUUGUGAAUGUGCAUCAGAAGAUGGAGAAAAACGCGACGGUUUUAGCAGAAUGAUUAUGGAAUUAACAAAUAACAAUUAUUACGAUAAUUACAAAACGCCAUUGUCCAAUAUGGUCCGAGAAAUUUGUCCAGUGUGUGUGCGGAAGCAGAUUGGUAAAAGCAGGUAAAAGUGUCAGGUUCAUCACUUCAUAUCCUGCACCUGCAGUAGUCGGCCGCACGUGUCCCGCAACUGCCACACACGUCUAGCUCCUCGAGAAAGAUGGCCGCUAAACGAUAUCUCAUCGAAGCCGACGGAGAAAAAGAGCCGAGAGAAGUUUUGGGCCACCAGAUUGUGCACCCCAAGUUCAGUGCUGGGCGCGUACUGGAAGAUGGUAUGCACGUCCAAAUAGUAUCCCUCAUACGCGGCCAGAAGCCAGUCCCAGCGUUCAUCAUAACCCAGCUGGAAGACGAACAUGGGUCUGCGAUUAAAUUAGACCUAAAACCUGAUAACGCGGGUUACCAAGAAGGGUGCGAGCUGCAGUCAAGCUGCAACACGAGUUUUGACUCCUGAAAUGAAGGCAGAAUUUUUGAAGCAGCAGGAAGUUCUUGAAAGAAAACACUUGGCCAGCAAAUUGAAAGCAGACGCCGAGAAAAUGCUUGCCGAAGCUGCUAAUUUGGAGAAAGAGACAUCAGAUUUAUGCUGUGCUGGAACCAGCUCAAGUUCUGAUUUUGGCGCAAGCUGCAGCUCGUCUAGCAUGCAGUACUCAGCAGGUCAAAAUGCUUAUGGCUGCAUUGAUCAUGUAGACGCAUAUGAGGAUAUUUUGAUCAAUGCGUUAGUGGCUGCCAAAUUUACUGAUGAGGGGUGCGCGGAAAGCAAAGAGGAUCGUCUCAAUGAAGAGGAUGACUAUUUUGAAGAUGACAACGAGGAUGAUGAGGGUCAAAAGCUGAUUGGUCGUGCGGCGGCUGCCCAAAUCACCUUGGCAGGAAAAACUCAUGAGGGAGCUCAAGACAAAGCCAGACCCUUGCCAGCCUGUCUACUAAUUCUUAGAUAUGAGUACAAAACUUGGACCAAGUUUGUCAUGAUUGAAACAAACAAACUGGAGAAGAUGAUUUUUAAAUUCCCACUCGUCAUCAAAAGUCCUGCUAUGAUCCUCAAAGGACUUGCUUGCCUCACUUUCGGCAGCACUGAAUUAGCCUCAUCAACGUACCCUGAUCGUGCCGAUGGAAAGCCUGCUUUUGAUCGUCGAGUUUCAUACGCCAUAAUUGAGGCCGGCCGCCAUCAACUACUCGGUUGAAACUGGAGGCCAGAUCCUUGGAUUUACAAGGGCGGAGAGGCUGCUGUCUGAUCUGUGCACCAUUGCCAGAACUUCAAUGGCCAAAAGACCUGAAGGGCGCCACACGUUGAACAUAAACGAAGACAAAAAAUGCAUCCAGGGUUUACUGAGAGAGAGUACACAUCAAAGGGCUACAAGUUCCAGGACAAUAUCCCAAAAUAGAGACUGAGGAUGUGUUCAGCUCAGUGUCGAUUACUUGACCAGAAGGGAGUCAAGCAGACCUGCCUUGAGGGUACUGUUUAAUUUAAUGAAAACUACAAUUUUUAUAUAUUUGCCAAAAUAAAAGCUGCCUCUGAGCAGAUAAGAAACAUAAAGAAUUGUAAUUUUAAAUGAAAAUGAAAUAUUGAAAAGUAAAGUGUGUUUUUGUUAUUAAUAUAAUAAUGUUGACCAAAAUUCAAAACAUGGAAAUGGUGAAAAUUAUAACAAUUGUAUUUGCAUAAAUAUUAAUUUACUUUGUUUGCUUUUCUUAUUUAAAGUAAAGAUAUCCAAAAAGCAUUCUCCAAAAACUUUUUUAAGAGCUCAUAAUGCCAUACACUCGACGUUACAACAAUCUCAAGUUUUUCGGUUGCAUUAUCACUAGCAUCGAUUUUCUCAGGUGGUACAAAACAAUGCUGAUCUUAAUAUUAAUUUGUUAAGUGUAUUAAUUGAUAUGGGUUACAGCAAUAAGUUCUGUAUAUAUUAUUAUUAAAACAAUGAAUAUUUUGUUGUUUCAUAAAAAUUUUUAAUCAACAGUCAUUUUAAUAAAACAAGAUUAAA